AGAAAAAAAAGGUCUAUUAGAUGGUGUUUGAUUAAAACCAGCUAAUUAAGAAUCAUGUCAUGCCGCCUGCUAUAAUUUAUAAUUUAACGUGCAUCGUUUGAGAUCAGUUACGUGUUUCAUUUAUGUUUCAUACACAUAUACUGUAUGUAGUUAUGAUCAUAAGUGUCACAUAACCAAAUUUGUGCAGCCUAGAUGUUUUGUAAAAGGUGACUGCUGCCCUCUAUAGUUUUUAAUUGCUCAUUACAUGUUAAAAAACGUGUGUAUCCCCCUUUUAAACACUUUUUAAAAAGUAAUUUCUGGAGUAAUUGGUGACAAUUAUUACAGGGAUUUAAAUAGAGGUGUGUGUUUAAAAGCCUUAGAAAUAGAACCGUCGCUCGCAGUCCAAGGGGAACACUGUCUGAUUGUCUCAUCCACUCCUGACACGUCUCCUCUUUCUGCCAGAGGAAAUAUGAAAGAGGUGCUGUCAUGAAGAUGAAACUGUUGCCUUUGAUUUUCCUGUUUCAAACUUAUGGUCAAAGUUUGGGCCAAAAUGGAAGCAGACCCAACAUAGUGAUGGUGAUGACUGAUGCAUUUGACGGCCGAUUGACUUUUGAUCCCGGCAGCAAAGUUGUGAAGCUGCCAUAUGUAAACUACCUCAGGGAGCUUGGUACCACAUUCCUAAACGCUUACACCAACUCACCCAUCUGCUGCCCCUCGAGAGCUGCAAUGUGGAGCGGUCAGUUUGUUCACCUCACUCAGUCGUGGAACAACUACAAGUGCCUCCAUGCGAAUGCAACAACGUGGAUGGAUUUGCUGGAGGCGAAUGGAUAUGUGACCAAGAUGAUGGGCAAGCUGGACUACACCUCAGGGAGCCACUCUGUCAGUAAUCGGAUCGAGGCCUGGACACGAGAUGUUCAGUUCCUCCUGCGCCAAGAGGGCCGGCCUGUUACGCAACUUGUUGGUAACAUGUCAACAGUAAGGAUCAUGAGAAAGGACUGGGAAAACACAGACAAGGCUGCACAGUGGAUCCACCAGAGAGCUGCAUCCUCACAGCAGCCGUUCGCUCUUUAUCUUGGCCUCAAUCUACCUCAUCCCUAUAAAACUGAAUCCCUGGGGCCCACCGCAGGAGGAUCCACCUUCCUUACAUCACCGUACUGGCUGAAAAAGGUGUCUUCUGAGCUCAUCACUGUUCCUAAAUGGCUGCCUAUGGCUGCCAUGCACCCUGUUGACUACUACUCCACCUUCACCAAAAACUGCAGUGGUGAUUUCACUGAGGAGGAAGUCAGAAGCAUAAGGGCCUUCUAUUAUGCUAUGUGUGCUGAAGCCGAUGCAAUGCUGGGCCAGGUGAUUUCAGCUCUGAGAGAGACUGGCCUGCUCAACAACACUGUUGUGAUCUUCACGGCUGACCACGGCGAGCUAGCCAUGGAGCACCGGCAGUUCUACAAGAUGUCAAUGUUUGAAGGCAGUUCCCACGUUCCCCUGCUGAUCAUGGGACCUGGCCUGACGUCUGGCCUGCAGGUCAACCAGCUUGCGUCUUUGGUUGAUCUCUAUCCCACUGUGCUGGACGUUGCUGGUGUUUCAGCAGCAGGUCCUGUCAGUGGCCACUCGCUCGUUCCUCUGCUAUCUAAGGCCAGAGCUUUUUCCAAGAAGCAACGUCCAGACUGGGUUCUGAGUGAAUAUCAUGGUUGUAAUGUCAAUGCCUCCACGUACAUGCUUAGACGUGGCCGGUGGAAAUAUAUUGCCUAUGCAGAUGGCCAGAGUGUCCCCCCACAGCUUUUUGAUAUAACACUGGAUAAAGACGAACUUCAUAAUGUAGUGCUCAAAUUCCCAGAUGUGCAGGCGCGUCUGGACAAGCUGUUGCGUAGCAUCGUAGACUAUCCAAGAGUCUCCACAAUUGUCCACCUCUAUAAUAAAAAAUCAUUCGCUGACUGGCAGAACAGUUUGGGUACAAACUACAGCCAGGUCAUUGCUAACCUCAGGUGGCAUGUGGAUUGGCAAAAGGAUGCGUUAGCCAAUGAGAGAGCAAUUGACAAGUGGCUGUAUGGCUCUUUGUGAUAUUUGUUAUGGUUUUAAUGAUGUCUCAUCAUUAAAACCGUACCAUCAUUAAAACCGUACGGUCUCCUGGUUUACUUGGAUUUUUACUCUCAUAUUGAUAGUUAUGUUGUAACAAGUGUAAUAAUGGAUCCUUUUUAUGUUUCUGGGCUCACCCUUUGAUUAAAUACGGACUUUUACUCCCAUCUCCAUACACUAUGUUGUAUUUUACAUUUCUUCCCUUUAUUAUUAUUACUUUUUCAGCUUGUUGAUGUUAUAAAAAUUAUGAUUAUACUGGGGUGCAGAUGUUUUAACUCAUAUAGAUAGUGUUUGUGUUUCCUGUCUUUUGUAUGUCUCGCAUACUUCCCUUAGUUGGCCUCUGAUUUACUGAGGAUGGCAGGGGGAGACAAUUAUAUUGGUAGUACAAGGACAGGAGGGACAGGCUAGGGAAGUAUCAUGUGGAUAUAAAAUAUAGUGUUCAUUCCUCAGCAGUAAAC